GUGUCGGUAGCGGAGCAACGCCUGGCCACUCCAGGGGCCGCCGGUGGGAGCGCCGGUACGGCCCGGGCUGGCGCCGAGCGGGAAGGUGCCGCCGCGGCGUUCCGUUAGCGCCUGAGGGGAGGGAGGCUGCGCCCGCCGCGCCGCCCGCUGCGGCGGGGAGAGGAGGCGUGUGGGCACGGAGGUGCUUCCCCGGCGGUGGGAGAACUUGGGAAGGGGGAGAAACCAGCCCGGCACCCCGCGGGUGCUGGGUCGCCCUUUGUCUCCCGCCUGCCUGCGCUGUCCGCCGGCGGCGGUGGGCGGGAAACCGCUCCCGCCCCUGAGGAGCCGCAGCCCCGCUCGCCAGCCUCGGCGCUCGGCACCAGCACUUUGUUGUCAACUUGGGCUGUGAUCUUAGAAUCUGAAGACAUGUAUUUCCUUGGACUCUUGUGUUUACUUGUUACACAAAGCAAAGCCUUCAAGACAAAUUUUCCUGAUGAAACCAUUGCUGAGCUUUCUGUGAAUGUUUACAAUCAGUUGCGAGCCUCAAGAGAAGAUGAGAAUAUUCUUUUCUCUCCUCUGAGCAUUGCAAUAGCCAUGGGAAUGGUAGAGCUUGGAGCCCAUGGAACCACUUUGAAAGAAAUUCGACAUUCCUUGGGUUUUGACAGCUUAAAAAAUGGUGAAGAGUUUACCUUCUUGAAGGACCUUUCUGAUAUGGCAACUUCUGAAGAAAGUCAUUAUGUUCUGAAUAUUGCUAACUCUCUCUACAUACAGAAUGGAUUUCAUAUCAGUGACAAAUUUCUGCAGUUGGUGAAAAAAUACUUUAGAGCUGAAGUAGAGAAUGUAGAUUUCAGCCAAAGUGCAGCUGUAGCUACCCACAUCAAUAAGUGGGUGGAGAAUCAUACAAAUAAUAUGAUCAAAGAUUUCGUGUCUUCAAGAGAUUUUGGUGCUCUAACUCAUUUGGCUGUCAUCAAUGCAAUCUACUUUAAAGGCAAUUGGAAAUCACAGUUCAGACCUGAAAAUACAAGAACUUUUUCUUUCACUAAAGAUGAUGAAAGUGAAGUUCAGAUUCCAAUGAUGUACCAGCAGGGAGAGUUUUACUAUGGAGAGUUCAGUGAUGGCUCCAAUGAAGCAGGCGGUAUCUAUCAAGUUCUGGAAAUACCAUAUGAGGGAGAUGAGAUUAGUAUGAUGAUUGUUCUUUCCAGACAGGAAGUUCCACUGGUCACAUUGGAACCACUGGUCAAAGCCUCGCUGAUUAACGAGUGGGCUAAUUCUGUAAAGAAGCAAAAAGUGGAAGUGUAUUUGCCAAGGUUCACUGUAGAACAGGAAAUUGAUCUGAAAGAUGUCUGGAGAGGUCUCGGAAUUACAGAGCUGUUCAGCAGUAGUGCUGACCUCACUGCGAUGUCUGAUAACAAGGAACUUUACCUUGCGAAGGCAUUUCACAAGGCAUUUCUAGAAGUUAAUGAGGAGGGAUCGGAAGCUGCUGCUGCCUCAGGAAUGAUUGCUAUUAGCAGAAUGGCAGUGCUGUAUCCCCAAGUUAUAGUUGACCAUCCCUUUUUCUUUUUGGUCAGAAACAGAAGAACAGGUACUGUGUUAUUCAUGGGAAGGGUAAUGCACCCUGAAGCAAUGAAUAUAAGUGGCCAUGAAUUUGAAAAGCUUUAACAGCCACCAACUGCCAAAAAGAGGAGAUAAGCACAUAAAGUUUGAAGUUAAUAUAUUUAAGGUUUGCUGUGUUUUUCCCCAAGAUAUUGUUUAAAAGGCUUUCAGAUGUAACUGCGUGCAAAUCGGUUUCCAGAGGAAAGCUUACAGUAUUAAAGUAAUGGUUCUAUUUCUGUCAUUGUGAUUGCCGUGUCCUUAAAAUAAAAUUGUGUACAUGUCAACAACUGUUUCUUGUUCUAGUGAAUUGUAAAGCAAAAAAACUGCAAACCCAUUAUUCGUAAUUUUUUUACAGUUGAAAGACUGACUUGAUCAAUGAGACAGGAGUGGAAUGUGUGCAGCUCUGAAUAAUGCAAAUGGCAAACCUUGAUGAUAAUUUAUAACGUUGAAGAACUACAUCUGGAAAAUGUGAUCUCUUCCUGUUCCUGUAAAAGUAGUAAAUAGACUCUGAUAUGCUGUCUCAUCAAAGUUGAUGAAAUGAAUUAAACCUGGUGGAUUUUAUUCUAUAACUGUGUUAGGCUUUGUGUGAACUCUCCCACAUGUGAUUCUAAAAUGUUGCUUUUAUGAAUGCUCCUGCAUGUGACUCUGCAAUUGACCUCCAAUAAAAUUUGAUCGCAUGAAUAUUUGAGACUAGUCAGUGUAGAAUAGCUAUGUAUGUGACUGAAGUAAAAUAAUUGAAUAGUAA